UGAAGGGCAAGACUUUUCAGGGCAUGCUCUCCCUGUGAAAGUUUGUCAUGCUUUCAGUUUUCUUGCUGCAGGCUGUAAACAGGCAAUAAUGAGAAUUUUCUGCAGUAGAGAACAUUGUUGUGCUUAGAUCUGGGUCAAGCCUAUUAACUUCUAGUGGACUCUGGAAUGCUGAAGAAAGCUUUGAUAAAAGUCCCAAAGACGACCUGCUGCCAAAUUAAAGUGAAUGGUCCACUGAGGAACCCCAACAUGUCCAGGAGAGAAGGGAGCUGGCAGUGAAGUAGAAAGCAUAUUAUUCUCCAUUAAAUCUUGUGAAGUGUGUCUCCUAAAGAAAGCCUCCAGUAUGGGUGAUGACAUAAAGUUUCACCAGCAGCUUCUAGUCAUCGAUGAAAACCUGGGAACUGAAGAAGUGGAGGCCCUGAAAUUUCUCUGUAGUGACUUGCUCUCCUUCAAAAAGCUGGAAACUGUAGAAUCAGCUCAGGACAUCUUCCAGCUCCUCAUGGCUAAGGAUUUGCUGAAUAAGGAAGAUACUUUCAUACUAGCUGAGCUUUUGUACAGGAUUAGGUGUCACUUCCUGCUCCAGAAACUUGGCUACACCAAGGAAACAGUGCAAGAAAAUCUACCCUGGAAAGGGAAGGUAUCUCGGUACAGGCAGAUGCUGUAUGAACUGUCAGAGGACAUCACCAGUGAGGAUUUAAAAAGAGCCAUGUUCCUCUUGAGGGACCAGCUCCCAAAGAAGCUGACAAAUAUGUCCAGUCUAGAGCUGCUGACCUGUCUGGAAAAACAAGACCAUUUAGCAGAGAACAACCUGGAAAUACUGGAGAAAAUCUGUAUGGACAUUUCACCUGAUCUCCUGAAAACAGUAAACAAAUACAAAAUGGAAAGAGUUUCUUUAGCUCAGCAGGAAAGCAGUCUGCCAGUCAAAGAAACUGCAUCAUUUUCCCAUCACAUCCCUGAAGGACGGUUUCAUUCUGGAGGUGAUGUCGGACUAUUGACUUCCUCACAGGAGACCCCUAUCAAAUCACUGGGUUCUAAUAUUUAUGACUCCAGGAGCCUGUGGGAACAUGCUGGGAGUGUGCAUUUCAUAGCUGCCAGACAAGAUGACAAAGCAGUAAAUGUUAUGCAAGGCAUCUCUGAACUAAGCCAGGAACAACCUGCAACAAAGAGCAACCCACAAAGCAAAACAGAGAAGCUGAUGACCUAUAAAAUGGAUGGGCCACACAGAGGCUAUUGCCUCAUUAUUAAUAAUUUUAGCUUUACUGGGACUCUUCAGAAGAGGAGAGGAUCUAAUAAAGAUGCUGAGAUGCUGGCGCAAGUGUUUACAUGGCUUGGUCUGGAUGUGAAGACUUAUACUGAUAAGACAUCAGUAGAAAUAAAAAAUCUCAUGCAGGAAUGGCAGUCUUCGAAAGAUCACAGAGAAAGGGACUGCUUUGUGUGCUGUAUUCUAUCUCACGGAGAGUUGGGAUUGGUCUAUGGGAUAGAUGAACGAGAAGUACCAAUCCGCACGAUCAUGUCCUACUUCACAGCCAGACAAUGCCCACAGCUGGCUGAAAAACCCAAACUUUUUUUUAUCCAGGCAUGUCAAGGCAAAGAGAUACAACAGGCUGUCUACAUUGAAGCAGAUGCACAGAAUCCUGACUUGUUUCCCAUACAGCAACUAAUCUCCCCUUCUGAAAGCAUUCCGGAAGAAGCUGAUUUCCUCCUUGGCAUGGCCACAGUGGGUGGUUAUGCAUCUUUCCGCCACAUACAGCAUGGUACUUGGUACAUUCAAGCCCUCUGCAAUAAGUUACAGCUCUUGGUACCAAGAGGUGAAGACAUCUUGUCAAUUCUUACUGAAGUCAAUGAAGAUGUGAGCAAACGUGCAGACAACUUGGGGAAAAAGAAACAGAUGCCCCAGCCAGCCUACACCUUGAGGAAGAAACUGAUAUUCCCAGUGCCUAGAAGUCCACCUCCAUCACAGCAGCAAUAGGAUUUUUUUUCUUUUCUUUCACGAUCCUGUCUUGCGUUGGAUACCAUCCAGAACAGCCCUUGGAUAAGCCAGCGCUCUUCUUAUUAAAUCAAGUGGAUGGUAAAUUAUUACCGUCCAGGAUGAGGUCUUCCUGAAAUUGCUAACACAUGAAGCCAAAAGAGAGUACGAUAGGUACAAACAGUGGGCCAACUGCUCACAAUGUCUAUGUUUGUGGAAAUGACUGGUGGCGGUGGUGGUGGUGGGGUUUGCUGGCAAUAUGAAUAUAUACAGAUUUUUUGCAAGCACUUGUAGGUUUCUGCAGGUGAAAUAGGUGCUGUAUGUGUUACUGUGGACACAAUAGGUGCAUGUGGCUUUCCAUAUCUACACCAGAGGGGUGUUAAUGGUCUGCUUUAAGCUCAUUUGUUCUUUUCUCUGUACAUUAAUGAUUUGGAAUUCUUCCAGUGAGCUCUCUUAUCCUGUGGAAUAGUCUCCAAAAUCAGAAUGAACAAGACAGCAGCAAAUGUAGUGUAGGGAGCUAAUCCUACAAUGGCAGGUGGUCUAUUCCCUCUCAAAUGUAAAUGAUUUAACACUCUUUGUGGAGCCACUAGAUUCCUCAUGUAAAGCAUUUAUUAAUCCCACAGUGCAUGCUGUUGCCUUAAAACUGGAUGUUAAUCUGGUAUGGUUAGCAUUCAUUGGCCAACAUCAAAUAGUUCGAGAAGCACAAGAUCUGCAUUAUUGCCUCCUGUAGGAAACCAGCUUUCUCACUGCCUUAUUGUAGGGUGGGGUGGGGCUUUCAACGUGAAAGAGCUGCUGAUUAUCAUUUAUCUGUUAGAUGGGGCAUCAAACACUGCUAUGGACACAACAGGUUUUGAUUUAGCUUUGUUUUUAAGCACAAAGGUCUAUAGGGAUUAAUUUCUCCAUUAUUUAAAAAGACCAUCACAAAUGUGGACAUAAGAGAAAUUGGUGAGAGCUAGGCUAGAACAAAACUCCUGUCUUUGGGGUCAGGGUGACUAUAUCCCCUGUUCCAAUGAGAGUAGAGUAGAGUCUGUGUAAAAUCCACCUUGCAGGACUGUGUUGUGAGAUUAGAAGUGAAAUUCAAUGUAUAGUCAAAUCUUCAGUGAUGCAUCUCUUACCUGGAGGUCUUUUUAUUUUGUUUCUUGUCCAGGGGUGUUAGUGUCCUCAGGUGGUGACUGGGGUGUAUGGUAACAUAAAUGGAUAUUAAUUGGCAAAAAUUCCAGUUGUUGUUCAAACUAACUUACAUUUCUAUAGGUGCUUCCACUUCAAAGUGCUUUGCCAACAAUAUCCAUGCAGAGCUAGCGCCAUCAACAAAAUACAGCCACCUCUGGUUUAGAAGGCAGCAACCAGCUUUGUAUAGCAGUAGGAUGGGUUUUGGGGAGAGGGAAGCUUUUGCCCAGGAAGAACAGGGCAAUUUCCUAGUCCCACAAAACAUGCAGUGGGAUUUUUAGCAUAUACAUACAGCAGACAAAGCCUCAAUAUUUUUUAGGGUCUCAAUCUGAGACUCCUCCUAUACAAUAAACUGCAUAAAACUCGUCUACCUCAAAAGCAAGUAAGGUCAAUUGGACCCUGCUGGGAUAUGAUUCUGUGGUUCUAGAAAUGCUAGCUGUUUCAAAAUUUAUGCUCAGAUAAAUCAUCCACUCCUGCAUGUAUAAUAAAAUGCUGCUAUUUUAAUAAAAACAGGUAACAUUUA